AUGGCUUCCUUUCUGCGGCAGCUCGUCGCGGGCCCGCGUAGAGGGCAUUCAGAAGCCGGCCUCGACCUGUGCUAUGUCACAGACCACAUCAUAGCAACCUCCGGCCCCUCACACACCUACCCGCAGCGCGCCUACCGCAACCCCCUCGACCACCUCGUCACCUUUCUCGACAGCAAGCACGGCGCCGACUGGGCCAUCUGGGAGUUCCGCGCCGAGGGCACCGGCUACCCCGACCACCUCGUCUACGACCGCAUCUGCCACUACCCGUUCCCGGACCACCACCCGCCGCCGUUUGCGCUGAUGCCGCAGAUACUCGCCAGCAUGCGCCGCUGGCUGCACGGCGGCGCGCUCGACGGCGGCGGCAGCACCACGGCGGAGCGGCACCCCGCGCGCGUUAUCGUCGUGCACUGCAAGGCCGGCAAGGGGCGCAGCGGCACCGCGAGCGUGAGCUACAUGAUUGCCGAGGAGGGCUGGACGGCCGAGGACGCGCUCGCGCGGUUCACGGAGCGCCGCAUGCGGCCCAUGUUUGGCGCAGGUGUAUCGAUACCGUCGCAGCUGCGGUGGGUGAGCUACGUGGACCGCUGGACCAGGAACGGGAAGAAGUACACGGACAGGCCGAUUGAGAUUGUCGAGAUUCAUGCGUGGGGGCUGCGGAACGGCGUCAAGGUGGACGUCGAGGGCUUUGCGGACGACGGCAAAAAGAUUCACUCGUUUCACACGUUCAAGAAGAGUGAGCGGCACAUCGUACAAGGAGAUGCGCCGACGGAUGGCGGGUUUAGCGAUCUAGUCUGGGACAUGGCGGGCUACCCGACGGGCACCAAGGCGCCGGCGGAGGCCGAGUUUGCAGAUGCCGCCAACGAUGAGAACACCAGCGCCUCGACGCCCAAGAGCUCGACUGCGGAUAUCAAGCCUCCCAUCAAGGCCAAGACAGAACUCAUCCCCGAGAACCCGAAGCAGGAGACAACGGUCCCGUCUGCCUCGCGCGCCUCCACAUUCUCAACCUCGUCCCGAAAGUCGACGGCCAGCCGCAAGAGCGAGGCCGAGCCCGGCGGCAUGGCCGUCAUCUUCCGCCCCGCAACGCCCAUCCGCAUCCCCAACAGCGAUGUUAACAUUGCCGUUGAACGGCGCAACCGCACCCACAAGACCAUCGGUUUGACAAUGGUGUCGUCGGUCGCGCACGUCUGGUUCAACGCCUUCUUCGAGGGCCGCGGGCCGGAGCAGGAUGGCACGCCGGACCCGAGCGGUGUCUUUGCGAUUGAGUGGGACGCCAUGGACGGCAUCAAGGGGACGAGCCGCAAGGGGAGCCGCGGACUCGACAGAAUGUCGGUCGUGUGGCGGUUUGCGGAUGUCGGUCAUGACGGUGAUGCGGCGGCGGCGGGAGCGGGACCGGAUGUGGUGCCGGAAAGGGACCUGGGGCUGCGCGUGCAGAGCCCCGCGAGCGCGGAUAUCAGCAGGGCGAGCAGCGUACUGAGCGCAGACCUGUCGCGGUACCAAAACAAGAAGGAGCCGGCGGAGGGGAGUAAAAGCGACGAUGGGGAGGUGCUGGACGGCGUCAAGACGAGUGGUCCAGAGGGCGAGGAGCUGCGAUCAGAAGAGACAAAGACGUAG